ACGCAAACACGUUUGAUAUUAUGACCUUAAAUCAACCAGUGCCGCUGCCGAGGCCUUCUCCCAAACUCUGCUUCAAUUCAUUCUCAGUCGAUUCUAUUCUCUCUUUCUCUUUCAAAUUCCGUUUCGUUUCUAUUUCAGUCCCAUAUUUCUUCUGAUCAUCAUAUCAAAGCAUAACCAUUUAUACUCGGGAUUUGAGAGAACGGCCCUUUCUCAGUCCCAAGAUUCAGUUUUUUUAGGUCCACUUUCUGUUCUUUCCAAGAAUUCCGACCGUAAAGUUAUGAUUUCGUGUACAUAAUUUGGCCAGAAAGAGAGAAUAAGAAAAAAAUGGGAGGUUGUUUAAGCAAGAAGAAUCACUCUAGCCGAGAUGUGAACGGCUACAGAUCAGAAAGAGCGAGCAAUUAUAAAAAACCAUCAACUGAUUUCCCCGCUCAAUCCGAAACCCGAGCCAAUCAUGAAAGGCGGCGCCACCAUCCACCACCGCCGCAAGCUCAGAAUCCGCCGCCAAUUCCAGCUCCCCACACUCCCCCCCGGCAGGCCGCUCCGAAAUUAGAGCCGAACAACAUUUUGGGGAAGCCAUUCGAGGACGUGAAAUCCAAGUACUCGCUGGGGAAGGAAUUGGGGAGAGGCCAAUUCGGGGUGACGUACACGUGUACGGAGAUGGCGACGGGGCGGCAGUACGCGUGCAAGUCGAUCUUGAAGAGGAAGCUGGUGAGCAAGAACGAUAGGGAGGAUAUGAAGAGGGAGGUUCACAUCAUGCAGCAUUUGAGCGGUCAGCCCAAUAUAGUGGAGUUCAGGGGCGCCUACGAGGAUCGCCAGGCUGUGCAUGUCGUGAUGGAGCUGUGCGGCGGCGGGGAGCUGUUCGACAGGAUUAUUGCCAAGGGCCAUUAUUCCGAGAAGGAUGCGUCUGAUCUUUGCCGCCAGAUUGUCAAUGUGGUUCACCACUGCCAUUUUAUGGGGGUGAUGCAUAGGGAUCUCAAGCCUGAGAAUUUCUUGCUUUCCAGUAAGGAGGAGAAGGCCAUGCUCAAAGCAACUGAUUUUGGGCUCUCUGUCUUCAUUGAAGAAGGAAAGGUGUAUCGAGAUAUAGUAGGUAGUGCAUACUACGUCGCUCCUGAAGUGUUGCGGCGAAGUUAUGGAAAGGAAAUAGAUGUAUGGAGUGCUGGUGUUAUUUUGUACAUCCUCCUCAGUGGUGUGCCUCCUUUUUGGGCUGAAACUGAAAAGGGCAUAUUUGAUGCUAUACUGAAAGAAGAAGUUGAUUUUGACAGCCAGCCAUGGCCUUCCAUAUCAAACAGUGGUAAAGACCUUGUUCGUAAAAUGCUGACGAAGGAUCCAAAGAAGAGAAUUACAUCAUCAGAAGUGCUGGAGCACCCCUGGAUUAAAGGACAAGCAUCUGACAAGCGGAUCGAUAGUGCAGUUCUUUCCAGAAUGAAGCAGUUCAGGGCAAUGAAUAAGCUCAAGAAACUUGCAUUAAAGGUCAUUGCACAAAGUUUAUCCACGGAAGAAAUUAAAGGUCUAAAAGCUACGUUCAUGAAUAUAGACACUGACAAUAGUGGCUCAAUCACUUACGAAGAAUUGAAAUCUGGAUUGGCACGGCUCGGGUCAAAAUUGUCAGAAUUUGAAGUAAAACAACUCAUGGAAGCUGCUGAUGUGGAUGGAAACGGGACCAUCGACUAUGAAGAAUUUAUCACUGCUACAAUGCACAGACAUAAGCUGGAAAGGGAUGAGCAUCUGUUCAGCGCAUUUCAAUAUUUUGACAGGGAUGGCAGCGGCUACAUCACAAGAGAUGAACUGGAAACUGCUAUGAAGGAGUAUGGUAUGGGGGAUGAGGGCACCAUCAAGGAAAUAAUUUCAGAGGUGGAUACAGAUAAUGAUGGGAGAAUUAACUACGAGGAGUUCUGUGUAAUGAUGAGAAGCGGAACACAGCAACCGGGAAAGCUCUUGUAGAGGAUCGAGUCGAGGCUGAUGCUUUUUCAACGACCCUUUGUGAUUGAGUUGUGGUUAGAGUUUGUGAGGUAUUUACUUGAGAAUGUUUGUGAAGCCUUGUUUUUAUUCAUCAUAAGUCUUUUAUGGUGUAGUUCUGUAACAAGAGAUACAUACUCCCAAGUUAGAAAUGCUUAUGCUUUUACUGCA